AUGAGUGCCCUUGCAGAUGAACUUCUGGCUGACCUUGACGGUCUUUCUGAAGGCGAGGACACCAACGAGCAGACUGAGAGUGCACACGCAGAACCAGGACCAUCCAAUGGCCUCAAGCGCAAGGCGUCUUCCGACGAUGAGAUGUCAGAAGGAGAAGGCGAGGAAGAUGGAGAAGGAGGGGAGGAUGAAAAACUUGUGGGCGGGCUUGUUCUGGAGGGUGGUGUAAAGCCUGCGGAGGAGCUUGACGCUGAGGAAGUGCAGCGCAUGGAGCUGAAAGGAGUAGAAGACGUGCGCAAGGUCGCGAGGCUUGACGGGAGCAAGCGUAUGAAUGAUAUCCUCAAGGAAAUAGAGAAAUUCCAGGCCAAUCCGAGCACACCAGAACAGAUGGCCAUGCCCUCACAUUCCAAUCCAGAGUAUAAUCUGAUCGUGCAAGCCAAUAACCUGUCUGUGGAUGUAGACAACGAGAUCAUGGUUGUGCAUAAGUUCAUUCGAGAUCACUACUCACCCAAGUUUCCAGAGCUAGAGCAGCUCGUUGCUGACCCUGCAAUGUAUAUCCGUUCUGUUCGUGCUUUGGGAAACUGUGAAGACCCAACGAAAGUCGAUCUCUCCGGUACUUUACCGCCAGCAGUCAUCAUGAGUGUGCUUAUUACAGCGACGACCACGUCCGGGCAGCCUUUGUCCGAGGCGGAAUGGCAGGCCGUCCAGCAAGCUUGCGAUCUUGCUGACCGUUUGGAGGAAGCAAGGAAAAAGAUUUUCAUGUACGUCAGCUCACGAAUGAAUAUUCUGGCGCCAAACCUAUCCGCUAUUGUUGGUACAACCACAGCUGCGAAAUUGCUCGGGGUUGCUGGAGGAGUCAAUGGUCUUGCCAAAAUGCCUGCAUGUAACGUCUACCUAUUGGGAGCUCAAAGGAAAAUUGCUGCAGGAUUUUCAACCGCUACUCAACGGCGACAUACCGGCUUCGUCUUCCAGUCGGAGCUUGUCCAGCAGACCCCACCGGAUUACCGACUCAAGGUACAACGUACUGUGGGCGCGAAAUGCUGUCUGGCAGCUAGAAUGGAUCUAGAGAGGCACCGCAGAGAUGGAGCCUAUGGCGAGGAACUCCGCGAUAAGAUAGAGAAGCAUAUCGAUCGCCUCGCCGCUCCUCCUCCAGGCAAGAUUGUGAAGGCACUGCCAAUUCCCAAUGACGGUCCGAAGAAGCGGCGCGGAGGCAAACGGGCGCGGAAGGCGAAAGAGGCGUACGCCCAGACGGAACUUCGUAAGCUACAGAACCGUAUGGCGUUCGGCGAGCCGGAGGAGGAGAUUGGAGCCUUCGAUCAAUCUAAAGGACUUGGUAUGAUUGGCUCUGGAAAGGUCAGAGCCGGCGUAGGGGAGGCGAAGAGUCGAGCCAAAUUGUCAAAGGCGAAUAAGCUCCGCACCGCUGCGCUCACCAGAGCCGCGCAAGCUGGCGGCACGCAGACAUCUGGAACGGCCACUUCGUUGACCGUCACUCCGGUGCAAGGAUUUGAAUUGACCAACCGUGCAGCUGCCGCACAGCGCGUGAAGGAGGCGAACGAGCGGUGGUUUGCUGGAGGCACAUUCUCUUUCGUUGGUCAGAAGGGAACAUGA